AUGAGAGCUAAGAUGGCGGCUUCCAUCGUGGAGCAGGGAGAGGAUGCGUUUAGGAAACUGUUCAAGUUUUAUAAACGGAGGAACCCCCUUCCGGAUUUUAGUGAAGUCAUUGAUUUUUCGAAGAAUGAAGGAAAUGAACUGGUUUAUGCAGCUGAAUUGAAUCCGAGCAGUGUGAACGACGAAGCUGCUUUCAGAGCAGGACUUGAGCCUGUGAAAGAGUGGAGAGCGUUUGGUCUUCAGGGAUAUCCAGGGUUUAUAUUUGUCUCCAAUCCCUUCCUGCCUGGCUCACAGCACUACUGGGUAAAACAGUGUUUGAAGACCUACACACAGAAACCCAACGUGUGUAACCUGGACAUGCACAUGUCACCUGCUGAGACAGAGAACAUCUGGGAGAAGAGCGAAGGCAGCAUUCGGAAGAAAGGACAGAGGGAGCCAAGGACUCUGCUGGAGAAACUCCGCUGGGUGACUCUGGGUUACCAUUAUAACUGGGAUAGUAAGAUCUAUUCUCCUGAUCACUACACUCCUUUCCCUGAGGAUCUCCACUUUCUGUCCCACAAAGUAGCCGCAGCUUGCGGUUUUCCUGAUUUCAACGCAGAGGCAGGAAUCUUGAACUACUAUCGCUCGGAUUCCUCUCUCGGCAUCCACGUGGACGAAUCGGAGCUCGAUCACAGUCGACCUCUUGUGUCUUUUAGCUUUGGGCAGACAGCGGUCUUCCUACUGGGCGGGACGAAACGGCAAGACCCGCCCACUCCCAUGUUCAUGCGCAGUGGUGAUGUCAUGGUGAUGUCAGGUUCCAGUCGCCUGCUGUACCAUGCUGUACCCUGCAUCGUUCCUGCCCCCGCUGGCCACCCCCUGCCCUCCUGUCUGAACCAGCACGUCGACAAGGAUGAGCUGAACAAUGGCAUCAUCCACACUGUGUGUGAAAAGGACUGGGAGGUGUGUUCUACUUACCUUAAGACGUCACGCAUAAACAUGACGGUCAGACAGGUCCUAGGUCCGGGUCAGAUCUUCCCUGUCUCACACUCGCGUACUGAACAAUCCGGAAGCAGCUAUGAGGAGGAAACUCAGAUGGUUAAGAAGAGGAAAAGUGAAUCUGGUUAUGACCUCGAUUCAUGACCUGCGUCUCAUCUGGACUUUUAUGGGUAUUUAUGUGAUUGUAAUUCUGGGUGUAAAAGCUGUACAUAUGUGAAUAAAACAUAUUCCAGUGUGUGAGUGUGCAAGAUGUAAUCUGAUCCUUCCCGAACUAAAAACUAAGCUGGUUAUUUUUGGUUAUGGCAGCCAAGAACGGGUAACGAAAAAAUACACUCACCGGCCGCUUUAAUAGGAACUUGUUCUUGAUUCUAAGAUUCCUGUUCUUGGCUGCAGGACUGGAACCCAGUGUGGUGUUCUGCUGUUGCAUGCUGAGAUGCUUUUCUGCUCACCACGGUUGUAAAGAGUGAUUAUAUGAGUUGCUAUAUCUAUCCUUCCUGGCAGCUUGAACCAAUCUGUCCAUUUUCCUCUGACCUCUAUCAACAAGGUGUUUGUUUCCAUCCACAGAACUGUCACUCAUUCACAGUGUUUUUUGUUUUUCGCACCAUUCUGUGUAAACUCUAGAGACUGUUGUGUGUGAAAACCCCAGCAGAUCAGCAGUUUCUGAAAUACUCAAACCAGUCCAUCUGGCUCAAACCAACACCCAUGCCACAGUGAAAGAAAGUCACACUUUGAGAUCACAAUUUUUCCCAUUCUGAUGUUUGAAGUGAAAAAAUUAACUGAAGCUCUUGAUUUGUAUCUGCAUGAUUUGACGCAGCAAGAGAUCAGCUGAUUAGAGAACUGCAUAAACCAGCAGGUGGAUGUAUGGGUGUUCCUAAUAAAGUGGCAGGUGCGUGGACAAUCAUUUUGAUUGUGGACAUUUCUGGAAGGACUCUCUCUGGCGUGAGCGGUUU